AGCUGAGGAGAAACUUCCAGCAAGGCCCAGUGGGGAGCACUCAGGCUUGCAGCGUCUGAGCUGCCUUUUCCUCAGAUCUCAAGGAUUGAGGCCCUACCGUUUCCCAUCAGACCAACAUUUGUGGUUGCUGAGCCAGGCUGACUGUGCCCACCGCUGCUGGAUGGGGUUGAUGGCCACCCCUCCGGUCUCUCUGGAAGUCUUCCCUAGCGUCCCUCUGCCCAGCUCUCCGGAGGAACCCGGAGGCUCGCAUACUCCCUGGCACCCACACCCCUCGGCCUCUCCCAGAGCAGCAGUACCUGGGCCUCAGUGGACACCAUGAAGAGGAGCCCCUGGGUCUGCUGCCCCCGUCCCCUCCUACCAGCCUCAGUUUCCCUCCCAUCCUCGCCCGGCCAAGGCCCUGGCAGAAGCCCCUCAGCGUUGCUUUCCUUUUCUUGCAUGCCACGGCAAUCUCAUAACUCGCUGCACUCCUGGGAAGACUCCCAUACCUGAGGGGGCCAGUCCUCCACAGGCCAUGCCCCAGAUGCACGCACAGGCAAGAAUACUCAGGCCCUAACAUGCGGGAGUCCCAGAAGAAGGGGUGAUUUCCGCCUCCCACUUUAGUUACUCUGCCCCUCUGCAGUUGACUAAGCCAGCAAGAUCCAGCCAGGGCAUCCCCACUUCUGACCUGAGAGCCAGCUCCCCCUCCUGAAAAACCUGUCUGGGGGCCUGCCCUGAGGCUGUAGGACCCAAAGGGCAGGUUGGACAGGAUUCCCCUCCAGCCACUCCCACCCCAAGACAAAAUCAGCCACCCCAGGGGCCAGGCCUCACUUGCCUCAGGAAGCCUCAGCCUGCCAGCACCUGUCCCAGCUCCCAGCCCAGCUAUGGCAUCCCCACUGCCCUUCCGGACCUUGCCCUUGAACCUGAUUCUGCUGACUGUCCUGGCCCUGGGGGCUGCAGCAGACUUCAACAUCUCAAGCGUUUCUGGUCUGCUGUCCCCGGCGCUGACGGAGAGCCUGCUAGUUGCUUUGCCCCCCUGUCACCUCACAGGGGGCAAUGCCACGCUCAUGGUCCGGAGAGCCAAUGACAGCAAAGUGGUGAAAUCCAGCUUCAUGGUGCCUCCGUGCCGUGGGCGCCGGGAGCUGGUGAGCGUGGUGGACAGUGGGGCUGGCUUCACCGUCACCCGGCUCAGUGCAUACCAGGUGACAAACCUCGCGCCAGGAACCAAAUACUACGUUUCCUACCUAGUGACGAAGGGGGCAUCCACUGAGUCCAGUAGAGAGAUCCCGAUGUCCACGCUGCCUCGGAGGAAUAUGGAAUCCAUUGGGCUGGGGAUGGCCCGGACGGGGGGCAUGGUAGUCAUCACGGUGCUGCUCUCUGUCGCCAUGUUCCUUCUGGUCGUGGGCUUCAUUAUCGCCCUGGCACUGGGCGCCCGAAAGUGAGGAGGCCCUCACCAGGCAGCAGGCCUCCAGAGGGUCCGCGACGCUAUCCAUGUCCCCAGCCCCCGGCUUUGCGCUCUGUGCCUGCCUCCUUUCCUGAAAACGCUGCCUGCUCCCAGACCUCAACCUGGAGGCUUUGGCCUUUUCAGUGCCUUCACCUCCCCUCCCUGCCCCCUCUCACUGGAGCCCUUUCCUCCCUCUGCCCCUCCCCUUGUCCCCAGUGCCUCACCUUCUCCCCACACUUCCUGUCAUCCCCUCACCCCCACUCUUGUCAGAAUUGGCGCUCCUUCCACUUCACCUCUUUAAUCUCCCCCUCCCUCAACAAUUCACCCCUCCCGCAGUGAUGGAAGUCUCCAGAAUAAAGUCUGAUGCCGCCUC